AUGGGAGAAAGCGGUCAACUCGGUUUUGCUACUUCUCCCCCUGUGCUCCUGCUGCUCUCUGCUCUCGUCCACAGAUUUCCGUCAGCUCAACUGUACGGCUUUCUUCCCUCCCCUGCUCUAGCCUACUAUUCCGUCUAUGAGGCUGGGAGGGAGGGCUGGGUGCUGGCCACGGGCUCGUGUUUUGCGGCGCACUGGGUGGGAUGGGAUCAUAGGAGGGGCAGUUCGUCGAAAUUCCAUGUGCUCUACCUGCCCACCGUGCACACUGGUCGCUGUGAUGCACCGAGGCGUGCAGCAGAGAGGCACGCGGCAGAGACCGGCUCCGAACGAUCUCGUCUCCCAUGCCGCGCGCGCAUGAAGCGCGUGGGGCGGGGAGAGGGAAGGGGGCGCGAGGCGGCGAUCCGCGGUCCUCCGCGCACCUGCUUCAGCGCACGCACGGCUAUCGCUGAUUCGUCUCGCGGCGACCUUUCUAGGGGCGGUUUCGUGGCAACAGCUGCUGCUGCUGAGACAGGGGGGAGAGCAGCCGGGUGUGACAGUAUCGAGCGGAUCACAGAGCUGAUUCGCCGCACGCAUGCACCUGAGCGCGAUGCGCAUGGCAGCGUGGGACACGAGGAGGGCGCAGCUAGGGGGGGAAAUGCAGCGGUGCACGAGGAGCAGAUGGCAGGGCCAUUGAGGUCUCUGGAGGCGGGGCGGUGGGUGAAGCUCAUUUGCGGCGCCAGUUUCGAGGACGUGGCAGAUGUGCGCAACCUCGCCUUCAUCUACACCCUCGCAGGCGUGGACUGCAUAGACUGUGCGGCGGAGCCAGCAGUGGUGGCGGCAGCACGGGACGGCAUCACUGCCGCCACGGCCUGGGCUGCACGCACCCUCAGCGAUGGGCGCGUGUAUGGGGGGGAAGCGGCAGCUGCCCGGAGGGACGGGCGUGUGGUUGAAGCAGGGGGGGAGCUGAGUGGUGGGAAGGGGGGCGGCAGGGUUGGAGGGGGGGAUGUGGAGGGGGGCAGGCGGCCGUGGGUGAUGGUCAGUGUGAGCGAUGGGCAGGACCCGCACUUCCGCAAAGCAGUCUUCGAUGCGUCGCUCUGUCCGCCCACCUGCCCUCGGCCCUGCGAGCGAGUCUGCCCCGCCGCUGCCAUCCGCUUCCCACCCGCUGCUGCACAUACUGGCUGCACUGCUGCACAGGCCAGCAUGGGCAGCAGCAGCAGCAGCAGCAGCAGCAGCGAUGGGGUGAUAUCAGAGCGGUGCUACGGCUGUGGCCGAUGCAUCCCUGUAUGCCCCUUGGCUCUCAUCUCGGCGGAGGAGCACCAGCGAACAGAGGAGGACACGUUGAAGCUCCUCAGCAGCGGGCUUGUAGACGCCAUCGAAAUACACACGCUGCCAGGCCACCUGGACGAGUUCAAUGCCUUGUGGGCUUCCAUCGGUGAAGCAGCCGGGGCCCUCAAGCUGGUUGCUGUGAGUCUGCCAGACCUGGGAGACAGCAUGCCGGCUGCCAUGCAUGACAUGCACCGCACCAUGCUGCCACACCUCUCUGCCGCCAACCUCUGGCAGUUGGACGGGCGCCCUAUGAGUGGGGACAUCGGUGCCGGAGCGACACGAGCCGCCGUGCGAUUGGCUGCCAGGGUGGCGGCACUCCAGGACAGACCGCCAGGUUACUUGCAGAUAGCAGGCGGGACCAACAGCCACACGUUCACCGCAUUACAAGAGCAAUGCUUGCUGCCUGCUUCCGCUUCUGAUCGUGCCCUCACAGUCGCAGGUGUGGCGUUUGGUGGACAUGCACGCAAGAUUCUGGCUCCAGUCCUUGCCCAGCUUGAAGCUGCCCGCCCAAUCGCUGCACACGAGGCUGCUGCAACCACAUUACCCCUUGACGUGUCUGGGCCUCCAUUGCACGUUGAGAGUCAGCCGCCUCUUCUGCUCGAGGCCAUGGAGCUUGCAUGUGCUCUCGUUCAUCCGUACAAAUCACAGUCUCCUACAUAG